UCCCCGUCUCCAAGAACACCGGUGGGGAACUGAAAACCAAUCCGCCGCCGCUGUCUCCCCGUCUCUCACAUCCCGUCUCUUCCGCCGUCGGCCGAUUGAGUGUUUCCCGUUUCUUCGUCCGUCGUCCUUCCCCGCACUCAUGCACGCGUACGCCUAUCUUCCUCGCUCGCCUGGUUCGUGUACGAUUCAGAGCGGAGAAGGGGAUCGAUUGAUGUCAGGUUCGGCUUCCAAUCCAUCCAGGCCGCCGGCCGGUCCACCGAGGGGAGAGUCCAAGUCGUCCACGCGAAACCCUAGACGCCGCGGGGAUGGAGCAUCUCCUCCGCCUCGCCCAGUUCUUGCUCGCCUCAGCUCGCGGGGAUGGAGCAGGACUCCGCCGCCCGUCCCCUCGCACCAGGCCCAGGACGACGGCGCCGCCCGUCCCCUCGCACCAGGCCCAGGACGACCGCGCCGUGGACGGCUGGGCGCGGGACGACAGGGAGCCCCAUCCCCUACGGCAACCCGGUGGAGUGCCCCGAGGCCACGUCUCGGCCGCCGCCUCCGUGCAUCCGCUCGUGCGCGACCCUGAACCACGACUCGGCGGGGAGGAGCCCUGCGACGACCUCGACGCCUGCUCCCGUGACCUUAUCCACUGCGUCCGCAAGAAAGGGUGCUUGGAUCAUGUGAUUCUGAGCUAG